UUUGUUCAUGCACACGUUCUUAUUGCUUUCUCAAUGUUUCUACUUCUGAAUGUGAUGAACUAAAGAUCAUAUUAAGGGCAUGUUGCAAAUACGAAUGAAUGAAUGUCUUCGUCUACGGGUGCACGUUCUAAAUCAAAUGCUAACUUUGAAAUGACCAAAGCUAAUGAAGCUGCUGCCACCAGCCCUGUCAACACAACCACUGCAUCAAAUUUGCCAGAUACCAGUGCCAAGAAUGAGAAGAAAAAGAAGUCUAUCCUUCCGAAGAUUUUCGGAUCAAAGCGAAAUGGGAGAAGCUCAGACGAAGAAGCAAUCAAACCAGGCACGGAAGAAGAUGAUGGAGCUACUACUCUUGACUUGGAGAAGAUUGAGACAAGAAAAAAAGCAUUUUUGGAAGCUGCCCCCAUCAUGAGAAAAAGUUUCUCAGAAAGGGAGACUAGCCCAGGAAUCGAAGGCCUAAAUUUGUCCACUUUUGAACGCCCUGUGAUGGCUCCAGAAACUGAAUUGCAGAGUUUCAGGAUCUUCGUUGCAACGUGGAAUGUGGGAGGAAAGUCACCAAAUUUAGAUCUCAACCUUCAAGAUUUCUUCUUAGUAGAAGGCUCCGCGGAUAUAUAUGUCUUGGGUUUCCAGGAAAUUGUUCCUCUGAGUGCUGGGAAUGUUUUAGUAAUAGAAGACAACGAACCUGCAGCAAGGUGGUUGGCUUUGAUAAGUCAAGCACUAAACAGACCAAGAAAUGAAUACAGUGAUUCUUCAGACUCGGGAACUGGGUCCAAAAGCAAUAGUAGUUCGAAGGAUUCAAAGUCCCCGGCAAGUUUGAAUUUCUUUCAGAAGCCUUCUCUUAAAGUUAUCAGUAAAAACUUCAGGGCAGAGGGUAGCAGCCUCCUUAAGGCUUGCAAUUGUCCCGUGGAUUCUCCAUCCAGGGAGAGACGAAGGGCGAGAAAGUACAGUGACCCUAUGAACAAGUUAGACUCUGAGCUUCAUGGUGAUGAAACCGUGGAAGAGUUGCUUUCAAUCACAGAACUACCCUCUUCUCCUAGCACAUGCAGAUACUCCCUUAUAUCAAGUAAGCAAAUGGUUGGGAUUUUUCUCACCAUAUGGACUAAGAAGGAAUUAGUGCCUCACAUUGGACAUCUUAGAGUGGAUUCUGUUGGGAGAGGGAUCAUGGGUUGCUUAGGUAACAAGGGGUGUAUAUCAAUGAGCAUGUCAUUACAUCAAACAAGUUUUUGUUUCGUCUGUAGUCACUUGGCUUCUGGGGAGAAAGACGGCGACGAGUUGAAGAGAAAUUCUGAUGUAGCCGAGAUCCUCAAAAGCACCCAAUUUCCUAGGAUUUGCAAGAAUCCGUGUCGUCGUGCGCCAGACAGAAUUGUUGACCAUGAUCGAAUAAUAUGGCUUGGAGAUUUGAAUUAUCGGGUGGCUUUGAGUUACGAAGAAACAAGGGUUCUAUUGGAGGAUAACGACUGGGACACUUUGUUAGAGAAAGAUCAGUUAAACAUGGAAAGAGACGCAGGAAGGGUUUUUAGCGGUUUCAAAGAGGGGAGGAUUGUUUUUGCUCCCACUUACAAGUACUCACAAAAUUCAGACUCUUACGCUGGUGAAACUGUCAAAUCAAAGAAAAAACGUCGAACACCUGCAUGGUGUGACAGAAUAUUAUGGCGUGGCAAUGGCAUUGAUCAAUUAUCAUAUAUUCGAGGAGAGUCAAGGUUUUCUGACCACAGACCUGUUUGUGCUGUGUUUUCUGUGGAUGUGGAAGUAAGAAGCAGAAACAACAGGUUUAGGAAGGGUUACUCAUACACAAGCCCAAGACCGGAAUACGAAGACUUCAUACCUCAAAGGCAUAGUUUCUACGAUUAUUAAUUUGUGCAUCAAAUCAAAGCUUGUAUAUUUUCUUUA